UUUCACGUCAAAAACUACAACCCGGAAUUCGAGUAACCUGAAAAACCUAAAGAAAACCUUAUAUUUUACUGAAAAAUAAUGGGAUCCGUUGGAACUUAUCUUGGCUUGAUGUUCGCCGCCUGGGGAAUGCAGCUUUGUCCUCGGGUUUACCUGGGAUCGGGUAAUUCUAGUUUAAGGCUGCAUACUUCCAGCAUUACUUGGGCCUUUAUUGAGGCCAAUAUCUACACCCUGUGCACAACGCUGAUUAUAUUGAUGCCAUCGAAGAUGUUUACAACCCACCAGCAGCGCAACUUCAAGUGCCUCUUUGUGAUGCCGUAUUUGCUGCAUUAUAUAACCUGUUUUUGUGGCACCGCGAAAAAUAUCAAGGAGCUCCUGACUUCACCAGAAAUGUUGGCUGUAAAGGACUACGCUCCAAUUCACCUGAAAAUGAUCCUGAUCUUUGGACUGCAGCUGAUGACAAUGAUAGAGAUGGUUUUCGUUUUGUUCUACAUCCUGAGGAAGGAACCCCAGAAGCUGGCUAAAAGUGAGAUGUUGGAAGGAUGAGAAACAGUGGCUACAAGAUGAAAUUAAAGAACCUUCCGCAACGCCAACUCCUUUCAACAAUUAGCAGCGGAUUAUUUGAUUAGCUCGCUAAUUGCCUUGUCCUCAACACCGCACCAAAUAAAUUUUGUUGAACACUUA